AUGAGAGAUUACGGUACAAUGCGGGAACGAGACAACUCACUUAGAUACGAUUUCAAAAAUCCUAGAGUUUAUAAUCCUGAUAAUCCUCCUGAGAGAUUCACGAUUAGGGAGAUUUCGGGGAAACUCAUAGGCCCAUGCACAAGGAGGCUCAUUUGUCCACUUCAACACUAUGCUUCUCUCCAUGCUGGAACUAAAUGGACGAUAGAGCUCAAAGAGCACAAUCCCAAGGCUAUAUAUGCCAACCUUAAAGUUAAUCCUUCCUCGAGGUUUCAAUGUUUCGGGAGCUUUGUACCUAAAAAUUCUAGUUGA